AUGAAGGGCAUUUCCCCACCGCCAGCAAGACCUCGAGAACGACAACCAUAUCCCCCAAGACGACCACCAUGUGAGCCACGAAUUGAUCCAAGAACGAAUCGACCACCUCCACCACAAACUCUUCAACCUUCCCCUGCAGAACACCCCAAACCUCAUCAUUACAUCCCCAACCCCUCAUCCUUUCCCUCCCUCCAACCUCCCAAACCCUCUCCAACCCCCCCGACCCCUAAGUUUAUUCCCUCAACCCCUGCAUCAUCGAUUCCUGCCUUACGUGUUGAGGCAGCAACUCGAACCGAAGAAUCUCCCGACGAAAUCACCGAAGAAAUGUUGACAGAAGGACCCACAUACAGCGAGGCAAUAACCCAGACCGAGGAAAAGCCAGUGAAACAGGUGGAGUGUCAGACCCACAAUUUACCCACAGCGUUUUUCAAGCUCGUGAUGCAUGAGAAAUACACCAACAAGGUUCUUCUCACCAGCUAA